AUGGAGUAAGAUUAAUAAUUUGAAAUGAUGGGGACAUUUAACAAUAAACCUUAGUUGUUAUGUAUCAAUAUUGUUCCUAAUUUAGAAAGUAUCAGCAUAGUAUAUAAAUAUAUUUUUAUUAGAACACUCCCACUGGGUAAAAGUUAUUUGAAUUGUAAUUUGCUGACGAUAACAUACAAUUCUAAUGGGCUGAAUAAAAUUAGAUAUUAGACCUUAUGAAUUUCGUUAGAUUAUGGAUAAAAAAGGAAGAAUUUAAGAUUUCAGGGAAUCAUGAGAAUAUUCAGUGGCUAUUUAACAUAUGUAAAGGAAAAUUUAUAUUUCUGUAAAACAACUAAAAUACAAAUAGAACUUUUAUUGAACAAAAUGAAUCUGGAAUUGUAUAAGUUAUAUUACCAAUCUAGAUUUAUAAACUGGAUGAUAAAUGUCAUAAUGAGUUUGAGUAUUUUUAAAAAAUUCUUUUUAAGACUAAUGUGGAAUCCAAUCGAUGUUUUUAUAUUCCAGAAGAAAUAAAAGUUCUAAAAUUAGUUAAUCAAAAUAAAUGCCCUUAAUUAAUUAGCAUAGAGACUAUUUAAUAUGAUGGACAUCAAUUUUCUUAUUGUUAUAAGAAAUAAAAACUAAACACCUUAAGAUAACUUAUAUAAGAGACUCAAAACUUGAAAUUAAGUUUGGUAUUAGAAAUAAUAAGAUAGCUCCUCUAAGGUAUAUAUAUUUAUAUUUUAAGUCACCAAUUAUUUUGAAUCAAUAAAGCUAGUUCACAAUAGACUCGACUUAGACAAUAUACAAUAUUCAAAGCAAUAAAAUAUUAUUCAAAUUACGAAUUUUUCAUAUGCUUUUCUAGAACAAUAAUAACGAAUAAAUUUGUAAUUAAAUUUGCUGAUUAAAAGUAAGGGAUAGUUAUUUGGCCAUGCAUCUCCAGAGAGUUUUUCUCAGACCUAACAGAUGACGACAGCUACAAACAUUUACUAAGUGGGCAUACUAUUUUACAUAAUGUAUAUAAUAUAUUUCAAUUUAGGGUAUUUGGUAAUAAUCCUUUUGGAAAUAAAUAGGAUGAGAUUUAGAAAAAUAAUCUUAUUGGAAAUUUUUCAAUACCUAAAUUUAAUGGAUUAAAAUGGCAAAAUUUAACAGAAGUUCACCAAAAAAUUUUUGAAAUUAUUUCAUCGAUGUUAUCAAAAAUUCCUGAAUAGAGGAAAGCUCCUUCACAUUAUUUGAAAUCAAAAAUCUUUAUGCCUUUUUUGAAAUAAAAAAUUUCAAAAAUGGAAUUUAUGAUAAACCCUAAUGAUAAUCAAGAAGAUGACAUUAUAAAUGAAGAAAACAAAAUUCUAAACACAAUAUACAUACUUCGAACAAAAUUUAAAUGA